AAACAAGGAAGUCAAACGUUGUCGAAGUUUCCUUGAUUUUCUCAAAACAUUCGUUCAAGAUGAUGUGUGGAGGCCCCUCUGAUGUAAAAGAAGCAGACGCUGAUGUUCAAAGAAUCAUUGAGCAGGUUCGGGACUCAUUGGAAGAAAAAGCAGGGGUGAAGUUUACAGAAUUCGUAGCGGUACAUUACAAGACUCAGGUUGUUGCUGGGACUAAUUACUUUGUAAAGAUUCGUACAAACGGUGAUGAACAUACUCACGCACGAAUUUUCCAAAGUCUCCCACAUGCUGGAUCAACUUUAGAGGCACAUAGCGUCUUAACUGGAAAAACCCUAGCAGAUCCACUGGAAUACUUCUGAGUUAUCACCGUACAUCAAAUUGCUUCUGAACAAUAACAUUCCUGAAUGUUUUUAUGAUAUUGUUACUAUACUAAGGCUACAGUAAAUGAGUAAACUUGCAUGAAAAUAUGGUCCUUGAUGAAGGCUUUACUGCAAAUAAUGCAUCGCCAUUCGUUAUUUUGGAUAUUAAUACGAAAAAACUUAAUUCAGAGUUCUUAAUAGACAUGUUUUGAGGAUAGAAUCAAAAUGAAAAUAUCCGCCAGUUUCAUAAGAAAAAAAGCAAAAUAUAUAACUUACUUAGUGUAGCCUUAAAUGCUUUAUAUAAUGCCGUUCUAUUGGAAAAUGUUUACAGUUAUGCCAAAUCUGUGAACAGAAAUCUUGAUAACGCAGCAGCUUUGGCCUGUCAGAUUGCAUCGCCAGUCAACCAAAAAGUGCCUUUACUACUCGUUUUCAAAUACAGACAGUUUAUUUUUAUUACAAGUGCAAU